AGAAACUAACUGUGCAACCAUUUCUAACCCAUUCAUUACCCAAACACAACAAAAGUCUCUCUCUCUCUCUCUCUCUCUCUCUCUCUCUCUCUCUCUCUCUCUCUCUCUCUCAAUUUCACCCUCAAAACCCUUAAACCCCUAAAUUAUUCGCUGGGUUCUCCGGCCAGACCCACCUCCGCCGGGUCUCUUCUCUUUCUCAGCUAUCAGUAUCAUUAUUCAGUUGAGUGGGGUACAUACUGUGUGUUCAAAGUGAGAUAGUAGCUAGGAAAUUGAAAUUUCAUGGCAGGUAAUGGCCUGCCAUCACUGGGUCGAGUAAAGUUAACUGAUUUAGUACCUGAUGAAGGCCUUCCAUCUGAUUCUUACAAGCUAUCAGUUUCAACGUUAUCUCAGUCACUAGCUCAAUAUUCUGCUGCCAUUAUUCAGUUUCCAAUGAGUGAUGGAGCUCUUCUGAGAGCUGCUUUAGACUCUGCUCGUCUAUACUUCCAUCAAAAACCGUCGUACCCGUCUGCAGAUAUGAUUCAUACGAAUGACCCUCGUGAUUGGUGCAAGACAUCUGGUUAUUAUGCAGAUCCUUCACUUUGGCAAGAAACCUAUGAUUAUAGACCUGGAGUUACUCCUCCAGAUUCUAACAAUGGGAUGGAAUUUUCUCCAGCAGGUUUACCAGAUAUAUUUGCCCUGCUUGGAAAGGUUGCUAGGGUUAUACUAGAUGCCAUUAGCUUUUUUCUGAACUUACGAAGCUCGUCCUUCUCUAAAAUACUUGAUAAUGUUCCCUUGAGACCUCGUGAGAUAUCAUCAUCAGUGCUAUCUGUCUGCUGUCAUGCGAGACCAUCAUUCCAGGGAGCUCAACACCAUAAUUUUGCAACCCAAGAGGAUGGCCAACUGGUAAUGUUUUCUGACCACGAGCAUCAAGUUGACAAAAGCUUGAUAUCUCUAGUAAAGUCAGAUAAGGCUGGUUUACACAUAAAAGAUUGUCAAGGUCAUUGGAAUCUCGUGGAUGAAGUUCUUGGUCCUCAGGAGGCUAUCGUUUAUCCUGGACUUGCACUUUAUCACGAAACUGCAGGAUAUUUCAACCCUGCACUGCACAGAACAGAUAUUAAUAAUCUCCAAAGUAACCUAUUUGGCCGAUGCUCUUUAGCUUUCAAACUCAUGCCUAAAUCUAUGAGUAGUCUCAGCUGUUCAGAAAUGAGGGCCGCUGGUCACGGGGUAGAUGCUCAGUUCCAACUUCCAGUACCAGUUGAUGACUUUAUGCAGAAAGCUCACCCAACUGAUCAACUUUUAAACAGGAACAGUGUCUCGAAUUUCAAUUUUAAUGCCACCCAAGAGGGAUCCACGAAGCCUACGACAAGGAGGAGGAAGAAUGAUUCAAGAUCUAAACCUCUUCCACCUUCAAAAAGAUUACGCCUUGAAGCCCAGAGAGUUCUAAAGGAAAGGGUUCAGGACAUUGCAGAUAAGAAGGGGAUCAAGCUGAGGUUUUGCAACCUGAAAGAGUGUGAGAAUCACAUUCACACGCUUGAUAGCCCGUGUGCCAAUAUAAGAAUGGAAAUAGGGUGGCCACCUGGAGUUCCAUUUGUUCAUCCCCAUGAUCUACCAAACAAGGCAAAGAUGGGUUUUCUCGAAGCAUAUGAACCUGGUUGGUCAGCAACUCAUGAUAUGGAGUUAAGUCUAACAGAACCUGGACAAGCCAGUCAACACACAGCUAACUGAAUUGAUUGCCAUGGUAUCCAGUUUUGCAAUCUCAAGCGAUUUUUAACAAACACAACUUCCAACAAAACUUUCCACAUAUGAUUUUGGUGUGUGGCUACUGAUUCAAUCUUCCCCGUCAAUUUGUAACUCCUAUUAGAACUAAUGAUCCUGAAUGGAAGUCCACAGACUUUUUUUAGGUAUGUAUUGUACAUGAUUAUUUUGCCACAUUUGAGACUAAUAAUAGAAAUAAAUAACUCAAAUUUGAGAGGCCAA